UCACAGGUCCCAGCAAGGCCUGCGCGAUUACCCACGUGGAUCGCAGGGAAGGAGCCUUAGUUCCUGGAGUGACCUCGGAGCGCGUCUGCGGACUGCUCCGCGGCGGUACCACUGCCCCAGGCCGGCAUGAACCGAUACCUUGUGCCACUGUCCGUGCUGGGCACGGCGAUAGGUGGCACAGUGCUGCUCAAAGACUAUGUCGGUGGUGGGGCCUGUCCUAGCAAGGCCACCAUACUCGGGAAGACUGUCAUUGUGACGGGCGCCAACACCGGCAUCGGGAAACAGACAGCCUUGGAACUGGCCAAAAGAGGAGGCAACGUCAUUCUGGCCUGUCGAGACAUGGAGAAGUGUGAGGCGGCAGCAAAGGACAUUCGUGGGGAGACCCUCAAUCACCAUGUCAACGCCCGAUACUUGGACUUGUCUUCCCUCAAGUCCGUCCGAGAGUUUGCAAGGAAGAUUAUUGAAGAGGAAGAGCGAGUGGACAUUCUGGUCAACAAUGCGGCCGUGAUGCGGUGCCCCCACCAGACCACCGAGGACGGCUUCGAGAUGCAGUUUGGCGUGAAUUACCUGGGUCACUUUCUUUUAACAAACUUGCUGUUGGACAAGCUGAAAGCCUCAGCCCCUUCACGGAUCAUCAACCUCUCCUCCUUGGCCCACGUUGCUGGGCACAUAGACUUUGAUGAUUUGAACUGGGAGAAGAAGAAGUAUGACACCAAAGCUGCCUACUGCCAGAGUAAACUGGCCAUUGUCCUCUUCACCAAGGAACUGAGCCGGCGGCUGCAAGGGUCGGGUGUGACCGCCAAUGCGCUGCACCCUGGUGUGGCCAGGACUGAGCUGGGUAGACACACGGGCAUGCAUACCUCCACCUUCUCCAACUUCACACUUGGGCCCGUCUUCUGGCUGCUGGUCAAGAGCCCCCAGCUGGCGGCCCAGCCAAGCACAUACCUGGCCGUGGCGGAGGAAUUGGAGGGUGUUUCUGGAAAGUACUUCAGCGGACUCAAAGAGAAGGCCCCAGCCCCUGAGGCUGAGGAUGAGGAGGUAGCCCGGAGGCUCUGGGCUGAAAGUGCCCGCCUGGUGGGCUUGGACAUGUCGGAUGGGUCCUCUGUCGGACUGAGGAACGCCAAGGACCACAGACAUUGACUCACAAAUCAGUGUAAUCCCCACCUACUUCCCUGAACCUUCGAGGUGGCUCACAACCCUAGCCAUAACCCGAAGAGAGAUGAAAGAUGGUAAAAUCUAUCUUAAAAAUCACAGACAUCCAGAGGAUAUUGCAGCAAAGUGAUGAGCAGGUCGAGAGACCAAGCGAGAAAAGACAGGGUAGGUGGUGGACUCAUCACAAAAAACUGGUCAAUGCCGAAUGCCCCAUACUGCUGCUGGAUCCUUGGGAGUUCCGUUAGGAUGCCUUGGGCUACCAGUGACAAGAAUCCUCAGAUGGCAGUGGCUGUUACUGGUUCUGGUGUGCUGUUGAUUCCAGCUCGUGGAGACCCUACAGGACAGCGUAAAACUGUCCCACAGGGUUUCCUAGGCUGUAAUCUUUAUGGGAGCAGAUCAGAAGGUCCUUUCUCCCGCGAAGCGGCUGGUGGGUUUGAACCACGUAACCUUUCGGUUAGCAGCUAAGAGUGCUUAACCAGGUCUCCUUCAAAUGGCAGUAACUGGGCUGAUAGUCAGCUGGUGUGUACUGGCGCAGAGGUCCCUGGGCGGCAUAGAUGGUUUCCUCUCAGCUACUAACUGAAAGGUUAACGGCUUGAAUUCACCGAGUGGUGCCGCAGGAGAAGGCCCUGGUGAUCUGUAAGAUUAAAGAAACAUGAAGAUAUAACCAGUUAUUGAAUUGUACAUGUAGAAAUUGAUGAAUGAGUAUAUGUUCAGCUGUGUAUAUUUUCACCAAAAUUAAAAAAAAAAAAAAAAAAGAUUACAGCCAAGAAAACCCUUUGGGGCAGUACUGCUCUGAAUCACAUGGAGUCGCCCUGAGUCAGACUGGCCUGACGGCAACGGGUUUGUUUUUUUUCUUUUUUGGCUAUGUACUGCACAACUCCACCAGUUGUAAAAAUAUCAAAAUACUGUCAAAAAAGAAAAAUUUGAUUAACAUGUCAGUUAUAGUUAACCGAGUUAAUAGCUCUCACUCAAUGUCUCCUUCUGAUUCGCUGUGAAAGAGCCAUCCAGGUAAAAAAAAAAACUUCACCGACAGAAAAGGGUGCUCUUGAACUAAAAAUCUGUACAACAGGCACGCCCUCCCCGCU